AUGGCGAGAAGGGAGUGGCAUGCUCAGGAGCGAUGGCUCCAGAAGAAAGGCCCCAUCAAUUACGCGAAGGCGCAUCGAAUCCCCGUUGCCUGGACAUUUCGCGACCAAUGCCAUAUCAGCUAUAGCAACACGAACCAGAUCAUCGCCAUCCUGAUCGCGUUGAAGGAAUGCUGGCACUCUGCACAUUGGUUCCUAUCGGCCACGCCCUGGCCGUCCUCGCCUUGUAAUAUCAAGGCGUUCAUAAAGCUCACCGAGACCCGGGUGUGGAAGGACGACCCGGCCACGUCGCGCUUCAACCACGAGUAUCUCAAAGAGCUCGGCAGGAAGUUUAAGCAGGAUUCCGCCAAGGGGGACCUCGAAGGCCUGGACUUCAUUGCAGACAUCAAUUCCAGCUACGAGAACUUAACCCAACGACAUACUCGUGGUCGGACGCUCGUAAUGUUGCGGUCGUUAUGGGACCGAUGGAACACCUCAUCGUCAAAACGCACUGGAUGGUGUGUCUUCUUGCAUUCUGCCAAAAUAUGCCGACCAAACAAGGCAUACGUCGAUGCAAUGAUCUUUUUUUCCAGGAAGCUCGGCAUUGCCUGGGAUACAUGGAUGCGAGUUCAGCAGCUGCGGAUACUGGUUGGCACUGCAUUCACCGAUGGUGCGAUGCGCACUGGAAUCUCCAAGAAGACCAUCGCCAUCGUUGAGGUCAAGGCGCGCACGAGAAGUGAGCGCAAGGAGGCCAUACAGAUGCAAGAGGCCUCUGAAAUGCUCGGAUGGCUGAUGGAGAACCGCCUUAUGAUUGAAGUCUAUGCUACCAUGGCCGCCCCGGGCGAGACCGCGGAACGGGCGAUUGCGGUGGAUUAA